CGGUCGGAGACCGGUGCUGGGCUCUGCUGCUUUGACUCCAGACUCUCUCGGCCAUGGCUUCGGAAAAGUCUCAGGACCUGGUCGUCACCUGCACCGCGCCGGUCAACAUCGCGGUUAUCAAGUAUUGGGGGAAGCGAGAUGAAGCACUGAUCCUGCUCAUCAACUCCUCUCUGAGUGUCACGCUGCACCAGUACCAGUUAAAAACCGUCACAACUGCCGCCAUCAACAAGGACUUCACGGAGGACCGCAUCUGGCUGAAUGGUCAAGAGGAGGAUGUGGGGCAGCCACGACUCCAGGCCUGCCUGAGGGAGAUCCGCCGCCUGGCUCGGACGAGGAGCACAGGGGAUGGGGACGCACUUCCCCUCAGCCUCAACUAUAAGGUGCACGUGGCCUCAGAGAACAACUUCUCCACUGCUGCAGGCCUGGCAUCAUCAGCAGCGGGCUACGCCUGCCUAGCCUAUACCUUGGCCCUGGUCUACGGGGUUGAGGGGGACCUCUCCGAAGUGGCUCGGCGGGGCUCAGGCAGUGCGUGCCACAGUCUUUAUGGGGGCUUCGUGGAGUGGCAGAUGGGGGAGCAGAGCGAUGGAAAGGACAGCGUCGCCCGGCAGAUAGCACCAGAGUGGCACUGGCCCCAACUCCGAAUCCUUAUCCUUGUGGUGAGUGCCCAGAAGAAGCAGACAGGCAGCACCGUGGGCAUGCAGACCAGUGUGGAGACCAGUACCCUGCUCAAGUUCCGGGCGGAGUCCAUUGUGCCUGAGCGCAUGAAGGAGAUGACCCGCUACAUCCAAGAGCGGGACUUCCAGGCCUUUGCCCAGCUGACCAUGACGGAUAGCAACCAGUUUCACGCCACCUGCCUCGAUACCUUCCCGUCCAUCUCCUACCUCAACGACACUUCCAGGCGCAUCAUCCAGCUAGUACACGGCUUUAACACAUACCACGGGCAGACAAAGGUGGCAUACACCUUUGAUGCGGGCCCCAAUGCUGUGAUCUUCACUCUGGAUCACACAGUGGAUUACACUGUGGCUGAGUUCGUGGCAGCCGUGAGGCACAGCUUUCCCCCUGCAACAAACGGAGACAAGUUCCUAAAGGGGCUGCCGGUGACGCCUGCUCUUCUCUCUGAUGAGCUGAAAGCUGCGCUGGCUAUGGAGCCCAGCCCAGGUGCUAUCCAGUACAUCAUUGCCACUCAGGUCGGACCAGGGCCUCAGGUCCUAGACAACGCACACGCUCAUCUGCUGGGCCCAGAUGGCCUGCCACAUCAGGACCGCUGACCUCGUGGCAGGACCACUGACCUCUUCCAUGCCAAUCCCUUGUGCUCCUGGAGAAAGGGUUGCUCACUGGGACUGGGAGUUGGUGUGCUGACUGGCCAUGCCUGUGGGGGGUGCUUGAUGGUAAUGCCAUGCUGGUGUGGGACAUGGAGUGGUGAUAAGCGCCUGUCUAGGCAGCCGGGAUGCGGGGGUCCCCAAUCAAGUGCCUCACGUUCCCUGCGAGUUUCCGAAG